AAUCGCAUUACACAUUUAAAUUUACUUGUAUAAAUACUCCAUCAUAAAAGUACACAGUCAUCAGUUCUCUAUCGUUCUCAUUCAAACGAACACACACAAAACAAACCAAAUCAAAAUGGCAGCUAAGUUGAUCGUCUUCGCCGCUUGUGUAGCAUCCGCUCUAUCCCAAUACAGCGCACCAGGCUACCACUCCGCACCAGCUUACCACUCCGCACCAUCUUACCACUCCGCACCCGCUUACCACUCAGCACCAAAAGCUUACUCCCACGAACCCGAAUACGCACCAUCCCCAUACAGUUUCGAAUACAGCGUACACGACCCACACACCUACGACAUCCACAGCCAAUACGAACACGGAGACGGACACGGAAACGUGAAAGGAUCUUACAGCUUGGUCGAAGCCGACGGAACCAAGAGAAUCGUCGACUAUACCGCCGACCACUACGGAUUCAACGCUGAAGUCAAAAAGGAAGGAACCCCAUCAUACGCAUCCGCCCCAGCCUACAACAAGCCCUCUUACUCCGCUCCAGCUUACUCUGCUCACUCCGCUCCAGCCUACAGACCAGCUCCAUACAAUCAUUACUAAGAUGUUUAAAUUUUCUGCCAAGAAAUUUCCUUCAUUUUUCUCCUAAUAGAGAACUACCAUUGUUCUAAAAGUAUUUAAAAUACAUUUUGAAUAUUUUUUUAAUUUAUUUAUUAUAAUUUUUGAUAAUAAAAAUAAAUAAAUAAUUUCACAUUUGAAACUUUUCAUUUAUA